AUGAACUAGGAUAACAUUUUUGGAAAUAAUUAGAUAAUCAAAAAACCAAAAUGUAGAAAUAAUUUUAAUUUAGUUAAUGAAUAAAGCUUAUAGAGUAGAAAUAUUGAUGGAUAUUCAUAUUGUAGUUCAUAUUAUGAGAAAAUAAACUUCUAGAUUUAAUUCGAUCAAUAAGAUAGUAUUUCAUAUAUUAAAGAUGGUUAAAUCUUGUUAAAGUAAAACUUUUUAACUAAAUUCUUAGAUAUUAGAUAAAUGAAGACUUUUCAGAUGAUUCAAUCAUAAAUAACUUUGAUUUUCUGUAAUAUUUAAUAUGGGAUGGUUAAUAUUAUAAAAAAUAAAAAAUUGGCAAGUGGACUGCAUAUUGGAAGGGUAAUAAAUUAGAUGCUGGAGGCUACUAUAAUGAGGAUGGCUAAAAAAUAGGUAUAUGGAUAGAACCUGUCAAUAUAUUUAGGGAGUAUUUAUAAAUAUUUAAUUUCUAGUUAUAUUUUUGUUAACUUUGUUGGGGAAUACUAAUAAGGGAUACGAGUAGGAAAUUGGGAGUAUUUUUUAAAUUACUUCAAUUAUAAUAUUAAAAAAAUUGUUCUCCAUUGCAGAGGUUAAUUUAAUGAGUCUGGAAUCAAAUAAGGCAAAUGGAUCGAAAAAAGUUAGGGUAUUUCAGAGUAUUAUAAUUAUAUAAAUAAUAGUUAAUCUGAAAUAAUAAAUUAUGGAGAAUAUAAAAAUGGAAGAAAAAUUGGAAUAUGGGACACAUUCAGCAAUAAAAAGCUCAUGUAAUCAUGAAUAUAUAUUUAAUAUCAGUUUUAGUGGAUCUUAUGAUAUGAAUGGAAAAAAGAAUGGGUAAUGGUAGGAUUUGCAUUAAUUCUUCGAUAAGUUAUUUAAAUAAAAUAUUUUUAGAGAAUCCAACAUCUAUUAUAAAGGAAAAUAUAAAGAAAAUGUAAAAUAUGGUUAUUGGGAUAUUGAAUUACCUAAUUAUAAUUUUAUUGAAGAAUAUGAAGGAAAGAAAACUAAGUUUAGAAUAAAUUAUUAUUAUAGUUUAGGAGGUAUAUAUGAUAAAAACGGCGUUAAAAAUGGAAAAUGGGGUGAAAUUCAUUAAAAAUAUAUGUAAUCUUUAAAUUUAUAAUAGACCAUGUCAAGUAAUAUAUAUUGGAAAAUAUAAAAAAGGACUUAAAGUUGGAAAAUGGAAUAUAGUUAAUGAAAAUGAAAAUGUUAUGUAUAAUAUUAGUAAAAUAGAUAGAGGAAGUGGAAAAUUUAAUAAAAAUGGUUAUAAAGUAGGUUAUUGGAGAGAAAUAUAUUAUGCUAAUGUUAUUAUAAUGUAUGAAGGAAAAUAUAGAAGUGGAAAAAGAUUUGGAAGAUGGAAUAUUUUAAAUGACAAUGAGAUUAUGUAAUUAUACCUCAUGAACUAAUUUAGUGGAGGUGGUGAAUAUGAUGAUAAUGAAAUGAAAUAAGGAUACUGGAAAGAGUUUCAUGAAUAUUUUUAUGAGUAAAUUUAUUCAUAGCUUAAUUUAUUAGUAAUUAUGACAUAAUUUGUAAAGGGCAAUACCUGAAUAAUAAAAGAAUCGGAAAAUGGAAAUGUAAUUGUACAAUUUCAUUUAUAAUGUUUACGAAAGUCAAAAAAAUGUAAUUAAAAAAGUUUUAUUUAUAGAGAAUGUGGUGAAUUUGACAAAAAUGGAUUAAAAAAUGGAUAUUGGAUUGAUAUAAGUAAUGAUUUCUGGAUGUAAAUAUGUUCAUUAUUUAAGUCUUCAUAAAAUAAUAUUUUGUGGAACUUAUAAAGAUGGAUUUAGAAUAGGUACUUGGGAAAUUCAUUAAUAUAACAAAUCUAAAUAAGAAUUUGAGAAAAAGUAUUAAAAUAUAAAAUUAAUUAAAAGAGGAGGAGGAGAUUACGAUGAGAAUGGAAGAAAAGAUGGAACAUGGAUAGAUGCCAUCAUUAAUAUGUGCAAGUUAAAGAAUUUAUUCUAUUUAUAGUUCUAAUCUGAUAUUCAUUUAAGGAGAGUAUAUAAAUGGAAAGAAGAAUGGAGAAUUCAUAUAAAUUUUUUGA